CAAAAUCUCAAAUGUCUUUCCUCCAAUACUUCACUCUAAUCUUCAUAUACCAACAAUUCAGCAUUAUCAAUUCUUCAACAUCUUUUGUAUCUCCAAUCAAUAAAGACCAAUCUACACAACUCUACACACUCUCCAUUUCAAUCAAAACACCUCUCCAACUAACCGAUUUCCUUCUAGACCUCGGUAACAAACUCUCGUGGAUCGAUUGCACGUCGGGCUACUACAUUUCCACAACUCACCAUUACAUCCCUUGUGGCACAACUAAAUGCAAUGAACUUGGGUCUCUUGCUUGUUCAAAUUGUUUUCGGGCCUCAGGCCCGGGCUGUCACAACAAUUCUUGUGCAUUGUUUCCUGAAAAUCCUGUUAUAAAGAACGUUGUAUUGGGCCAAGCAUUGGUUGACACGGUUGGAUUGACUGUUAGUGAUGGUGGUCAACUGGGUAUUGUUCCGAAUUUUGUGCUUUCUUGUUGUGAUGAAUCUUUGCUUAUUGGUUUACCUGAUGGGGUUACUGGAUUGGCUGGUUUGGGCCGGUCUAAUUAUUCUCUUCCUGCACAGGUUAGCAGCGUCUAUGCAUUACCCAACAUAUUUGCACUCUGCCUUCCCAGCUCAACAACAUCAACAUUGUCCGGUACAGCCUUCUUCAACACGCCCGGCCCCUACUACUUCUCCCCCGGAAUCGACCUCUCAAGCAACCUCACCUACACUCCACUCAUCAUAAACCCAGUCAGCUUCACCAUUGUAACUUACGCCAACCAACCUUCCGAUGAAUACUUUGUCGGGCUAACCUCAAUCAACAUCAACUCCAACCCGUUACAACUCAACCGAACAUUACUAACUAUUGAUAAAACCACCGGGUUUGGUGGAACCAGACUAAGCACAGUCAGUCCUUACACUAUCUUACACACAUCCAUUUACAAUGUAUUUAUAGAAACAUUCAUGAAUGAAACCACUAAGCUUAACCUCACUAUCACGGAUGAUCCAGUGAGCCCGUUUGACGUGUGUUAUGAUGCUGGUGAUAUUUAUGUUACAUUUUUAGGCCCGGAUGUCCCGGUUAUUGAUUUUGUGAUGGAGGGUGAUGAUGAAAAUGUGAAUUAUUGGAGAAUGUAUGGAGGGAACUCAAUGGUGAAUGUUGUCAAGGAAAAUGGUGAGGAGUUGUGGUGUUUAGGAUUUUUUGAUGGUGGUGAGGAUGCAAGGACUUCUGUGGUGAUUGGUGGGAAACAAAUGGAAGAUAAUUUGUUGCAGUUUGAUUUGGUUCAAGAGAGGUUUGGGUUUAGUUCUUCUGUUUUGGUGCAUGAUACUAAUUGUAGUAGUUUUAACUUUGGUUAUAAUGGGCUGCCAUGAAAUUCUAAUAUAACUUUUGUUUUUUUAUAAUAAUUGUGCAUUAUGGAAA